AUAAUACGCACUGGAGGUUCACAACUCCGACAGUCGAACGGAUAAUCCAUCCCGAUAUUGCCCGCUAUAAUGUAAAUAUUAUUACCGUCCAUACGAGGCAGCGACGACCGCUUCGCAGUAGCGAUGGGUUAGACCCGACGCUUGGAUUAUCCGCUUUGUACACUUUGCAAUGAUGGGAGCUGGAAUGCGUGAUUUUAGCGGAGACACACUGACAAAGGGGGGAGAAUCCUGAGACGCACUGAGCGAGGGAAAAUACUCUUCUCCCUCAUUUGAUUUUCGUCCUUCCCUUAGUUUUCUUUUGAGAAAUGAUUGAAGAGUUGGUGUGCAGCACAGUCGCUUUGGUGCUCUAUCUCAACACGCUGGGCGCGGACUUCUGCUACGAUGACAGCCGUGUGAUCAAGACCAACCAGGACCUUCUGCCGGAGACGCCCUGGAUCAACAUCUUCUACGACGACUUCUGGGGCACCCUGCUGACGCACAGCGGCAGCCACAAGUCGUUCCGGCCGCUGUGCACCCUGUCGUUCCGGCUGAACCACGCGCUGGGCGGGCUGGAGCCCUGGGGCUACCACCUGGGCAAUGUGUCUCUGCACGCGGCCGUGACCGCGCUGUUCACACGGCUGUCCCGCGGGCUGCUGGGGGCGCGCUGGGCCCUGGGGGCGGGGCUGCUGUUCGCCGCCCACCCCGUGCACACGGAGGCCGUCGCGGGCGUGGUGGGGCGGGCCGACCUGGGGGCGGGGCUCUUCUUCCUGCUGUCCCUGCUGUGCUACACACGCCACUGCGCCCUGAGGCCCCGCCCCGGCCCCUCUGACCACGCCCACGCCUGCACCAGUCCCACCAAUGGCCCCGCCCACUCUGACCCUGACUCCGCCCUCUCUGUCCCUGGCCUCGCCCCCCGCUGCUGGGCGUGGCUCCUAGCAAGCCUCCUAUUGGCCGGCUGCAGUAUGCUCUGGAAGGAGCAGGGCGUGACUGUGCUGGGCGUGGCCGCCGCCUACGACCUGUCAAUCUGCCAUAGGCUCCGCCUCCGGCCCCUCCUCCACCUGCUGCGCAAGAGGAAGCCGGCGGGCCUGCUCCAGAGUGUGAGUGUUCUGGCUGUUUGGGGCGCUGUUCUCCUGGCUCUGCGUCUGUACUGGAUGGGCAACAAACCGCCCAGCUUCUCCAACUCAGACAACCCUGCGGCCGACUCGCCCAGCCUGCUCGCCCGCACCCUCACCUUCCUGUACCUGCCCGCCGCCAACGCCUGGCUGCUGCUCUGCCCCAGCACGCUGAGCUUCGAUUGGUCCAUGGACGCCCUGCCCCUCUUAAAGACGCCCUCCGAUUGGAGGAACCUGCACACGCUGGCGUUCUACGCGGGGUUCCUGCUCCUGGCCUGGGUGGGGCUGCGUGACCCGGCCUCGCCCCAGGACCACGUGCCCAACGGGAAGGCGCACGUUCCCAACGGGAAGGCCCACGUUCCCAACGGGAGGCCCAGCUCCAACGGGCACAGCUGCCCCCCCUCGCCGGAGCACGGCAGCGCCCCGCCGGGGGGUCUACAGGGCGAGGAGAGCGGGGCAGAGCCCCACGGAGACGCAGGGCCCUCCCUGCCCCCCACAGAGAGCCUGGUGCUGUUCUCCCUGGCCCUGCUGGCCCUGCCCUUCCUCCCGGCCUCCAACCUCUUCUUCUACGUGGGCUUUGUGCUGGCCGAGCGCGUGCUCUACAUCCCCAGCAUGGGCUCCUGCCUGCUGCUGGCGGCCGCCCUGCGGGCCCUGUGGGUGCGGCUGUGGCCCCGCCCGGCCCGGGCCCUGCUGCUGUACAGCGCCGCCGCGCUGGUCCUGCUCUACGGCACCAAGACCCUGCUGCGGAACCGGGACUGGGCCAACGAGGAGCUGCUGUACCGGUCCGGCAUCGGCGUCAACCCCGCUAAAGCCUGGGGUAACCUUGGCAACGUGCUGAAGAACCAGGGCAAGGUGGAGGAGGCGGAGCAGGCCUACAGGAACGCCCUGCGUUACCGUGGCAACAUGGCCGACAUGCUGUACAACCUGGGUCUUUUGCUGCAGGAGAACCACCAGCUGUCUCAGGCCCUGCACUACUAUAAACUGGCCAUUGGCAGCCGGCCAACUCUGGCAUCCGCGUACCUGAACACUGGGAUCAUCCUGAUGAACCAGGGCCACCUGGACGAUGCCAGGCGCACCUUCCUCACCUGCGCGGACAUCCCCGACGAGAACCUGAAGGACCCCCACGCCCACCGCAGCUCCGUGACCAGCUGCCUCUACAACCUGGGGAAACUCCUGCACGAGCAGGGCCUCCAGGAGGAAGCGCUCUCCGUCUACCACGAAGCGAUGCAGAAAAUGCCAAAACAGUUUGCGCCUCAGAGUCUGUACAACAUGAUGGGAGAGGCCUACAUGAGGCUGAACAAGCUGAACGACGCAGAGCACUGGUAUCGAGAGUCCCUGAGAGCCAAGCCCGACCACAUCCCCGCCCACCUCACCUACGGGAAACUGCUGGCCAUCAGGGGCCACAAAAUGGAGGCCGAACGGUACUUUCAGAAGGCGAUUAAACUGGACCCCAGGAAGGGGAACUGCUACAUGCACUACGGUCAGUUCCUGCUGGAGGAGUCUCGGGUGAUGGAGGCAGCAGUGAUGGCGGAGAAGGCAGCAGACCUGGAGAGUGGGGAGUUUGACUUGGUGUUCAGCGCCGCGCACAUGCUUCGGCAGGCCAGUCUGAACGAGGCAGCUGAGAAGUAUUAUAAAAUGGCAGCGGGUCUCAGACCGGACUAUCCAGCAGCGCUGAUGAACCUGGGUGCCAUCCUCCACCUGAACGGGAAGCUCCGGGAGGCGGAGUCUCAUUACCUGCGUGCGCUGCGCCUGAAACCACAGGACGCCAUCACACAGUCCAACCUGCGCAAGCUCUGGAACAUCAUGGAGAAGCAGGGCCUGGAGCCGGCCAGCCCCUGAGCCCAGCGGGGCGCGGUGCCCUCUGCAGACACACAGCGGGACAGCGGGGGGGGCAGGGGGGUCCUGCAGCGGGACAGCCUGCUGGGAGGCCUCAGAUCACUGCUGAUUGGCCCACAGCCCUCACCCGGAGGCCUGCCGCCCGCACGUGAUUGGACGAAGCCCAGUUCCUGCGGCGCUCUCUCCCGCGGCUGUGCAGAGUGCAGGGCAGGUGGCGGUUUGGGGCGGUGUCCAUGGUGACGGGGGUUACAGGUCACCUGUUGCAGCACACGCGAAGCGUUUAGCGCAGAACGUCAGACCCCAUUCAGGCAUUUUGGUCUGCUCCAUGUGAAGGGGCUGGUGGUUCAGAGAUUCACAUGAACAUGAACAUGCACCGCUGAGUGUGUGUGCGUGCGUGCGUGCCAGUGUGAGUGUGAGUGUGUGUGUCCAUGGACCAGCCCUCUCACACAUGGUCCUGUGUUCUCCAGCUCUGCUCAAAUGGACACUUACUUUUAUAGAAAGUGUUUCUACCAAUAAAAAUAGAGAAUGAGCAGAUACCACCUCUUAUGCUGUCCACGGACACUGACUGUUUAUACUGAAUGAGAGACUUUUUGUCAAAUUUAUUUUAUUUAUUUUACAUUUCUUAAUGAAAUCAAAGGUCAGUUUGAGGGAAAAGUUAAGUGACACUUAAGCAUAAUAUUUUAAAUUAAACUCUAAUGUGCUGCCACUUUGUCUUGUAAAAUUCAGAAUGUAUGGGCAGAUAUAUCACAGGUCAUUAAAUAUGAAAUAAAAAAACUAUUCAUUCUGAAGUCUAACCUUAAUUAGCCAACCCCCUCCAGUGAGCGUAGACAGCAGUGAGUGUUCACGGAUGAUUGUUCUGCGUGUAGAAAGGCACAGAACUCCCUCCAGUUAACAGAUGAAAAGAUGGAGAUUUCCGUGGUUAGAGGGCUCGAGUCUUCCUCAGCGGACUUGCCGGUCCUGCCCUUUAAGCACAAUGACAGCAGCAUCAGCUCUCUGGCUCUUUACCCCGGCCGUACACUCCGUUAACCUCGUGACACAGUCACUGCUCAUGCGUCAGGGAGUCUAAAUUUGCAUUUCCGUUUCAUUUCCGUGUGUGCGUGCGCGUGUGCGAGCGCUCGCUCAUCUCUUGCCAGAUAGGUAAAUUCAGGACAUGUGGGAUAAAUUUGAACUUGUUCUAAUUUUUUAAAACUUUCUUCAGGGAAGUUUCGCAACUUUCAUUCUAUUUUAGGAUACACAUCAUUUCUCUUGUUUUUAUUUUUUACAGACUCUGUUUCUCCAACAUGACACAGUAAUCCGUACUAAUGCUACUUCCAGAUAAACGGCAUUUCAGGAAUCUCGUGCUGCAGCAGUGGUAUUUCAUAGGAGGUUCAAUGGUACAUAUCAUGUUGGAAGUUUCUCCAUUUCAUUUCAAGUUUAUUAAACUUAACUUAUUGUGUUUUCUCUUAGCUAGUACAACUGACUGCACUUUGUAUUCUAUAAUAAUGUUUCAUGGAAAUAAAUUCUAUUUUGGCACAUUG